AUGUUGCAGCAACCGACGGCAGCGGUAGUGGCAACAACUAAAUGCGGCACCCAUAGCAGCUGUGUAAACAACGGCAACAAGAACAGCAAGAACAAGAACAACAACACCCACUGCCAAGAGAACGCCUUCACAUUGGAUUACGCGCAGUUUUACUUUAGAGCGGUGCCAAUUAGUGGCCAACAGCAGCAACAACAGCAGCAGCAACAGCACCAGCAGCUCGUGCAGCAGCAAUUGCUAGCCCAGCAGCAGCAGCAACUGCAGAUCCAGCAGCUGCAGCAACAAUUGCUGCUGCAGCGACUCGAGCGUGAGUUGCAGCAGAGUUACUCGUGCCUGCGGCAACGUUGGCUCACCGGCUACGCAGCCCCCCAGCAGCAGCACCAGCAGCACUUGGCCCAGCAGCAGCUCUUCGCCGCCCAGCAGUUGCAGCUGCACCACCAGCAACUGCAGCAGCAGCAACAACAGCAGCAGCAACAGCAGCAGCAACAGCAGCAGCAGCAACAACAGCAGCAGCAGCAGCAGUACAGCUACUACUUCAGUCGCGGCAGCACCAACACCGAUCUGGGUCUCGGACUGGGCCUGGGCUUCGGUCUGGGCAGCGGCAACCUAGCCAGCUGGUACCAUCUGCCGUCGACGUCGGCGCACAUCUACAUCGGCACCACCAGCAGCAGUGGUGGUGGCGCGGCAGCGACUCCCUACCCGUACCCGUACCGCAGCGUGGGCGGAUACUCCGGCGGCGGCUAUCCGGCGGCGGCACUGAUCAACUUCGAUGCCUCGCCCACGCCGCUGCUAGCCUCAGCGGGAAGUUCACCGGGCUACUUGCCACCGUUGGCCGUUCCGGCGGCUCUACCGCCACCACCGCCGGCGCCGAGCGUAGCCACCGAUUACUACUUCAGCAGCCGGAGCACCCGGACCGUUCCACCGCCCGUCCCGCCCACUCCGGCGGCGGUUGCAGCGGCGGCCUCAGUUUCGGCAGCGGCAGCAGCAGCAGCAGCGGCAGCGGCAGCAUCGUCAGCGGUAUCCACCUCGCCGUUCCGAGAGUACGGGAGUGCGGCGGAGGAGCUGCAAGCUGGCUAUCGCUACAAGGCCACGCCCCGAAGGCGGUACGACGCCUACGACAACUACGGCUAUCUGCCGGGCUUCGCCAGCACCACUGAGGACGAGGAGGACCUGCUCGAGGAGUGCCUGCCGCAAGCACUGCUCUCCACGGACUGUUCGAGUCUCGAGGAACUGCGCUUCUUCCACUUGCAGGAGGAGGAGGACGACGAGGAGGAGCACAACCACAACCACAACCACAACAACAGCCGGAGGAACGAGGACGAGGACGACGAGGAGGUGGCCACGCAGCUGGCGCGCAUCCUUGACCUUCCCGAUUUUCUGCAUCCCUACGGCGGCAGCGGCCGGGACAGCCUGCACAGCCACAAGACGCCGCCGCAACACGAGUACCAAGUGGAGCACGGCUCAGCCGCAGCGGGAGGAGGCGCAGCAGCGGGAUCAGGAUCAGCAGUGGGCUCAGCAGCGGGCAGCCAGUCGCAGCGCAUCCUGGAGGAUCAGCGCUACCAGCCCUACCAAUACACCCAACAGCAACAACAGCAGCAGCAACAGCAGCAUCUGCUCAACCAGCAACAUCAGCAGCAGCAGCAGCAGCAGCAACAUCAGCAACAUCAGCAACAGCGACAGCAGCAACACCAGUCGUCGCACUACCCGCAGCAACACCAGCAGCAGCAGCAUCAGCAGUUCCUGGGGUCGCAGCAGCAACUGCAGCAGCAGGCGUACCACUCCUACCAGUAUCCUUCGCAGGACAGCUGCGAGGGCUUCAACCAGUUCGCCACCAACGCCGGCAGCUGCCUGGGCAACCAGAGAAUGAUGGUUAGCAAACUGUGGAACAGCUGCUUCCCGGAGUUCACCCCGGACCACGUCCACCGCCACAACUUCUAUCUGUGCCAGUGGCAGCGGAACACGCAGGUGCGCAUCGUGUACCUGUUCUACCGCUGGAUAACGGCCAUCACCUGCCUGGCGGCGCUGGUCUGCUCCCUGCUAGACAUCGGGCGCACGGAUGAGCACUUCGAGCACCACUACGCCAAGUGGUGGAUCUACCUGACCCACUGGGGGCUGCUCUUCUGCACGGUGCAGGCGUGGCUGGCCGCCUGGAUUGUCACCCAGGGAAUGAUGGUGGAGCGCGAGGACUUCGAGAUUGUGCGCCAGGCGAAGAAGAGCCGACUGCACCAUCUGUACUGGGUGCUCUACACCUGUGCCACGGUCUACGCGUUCAUUGUGACCAUGUGCUACUGGCUAUUGGUCCACAAUCCUGAAAUCCACAAGAUUGAUGCUUUAAAUAUAAUGGUCCAUGUGCUCAACACGAUUAUAAUGCUGAUCGAUUUGGCCAUAGUGGGUCAUCCGAUUAAAAUGAGCCACGCCUACUUUACCACUGGAAUUGGCCUGGCCUAUGCCAUAUUUACAGGCAUCUACUUCUUGGCCGGGGGAACAGAUAGGAAAAACCAAACUGCCAUCUACCCGAUGAUGGACUGGACCAAGCCGGGAAAGGCCAUUAUAGUGACGGCCUGUGCGAUCAUCUUCACCUUUUUUGUGCACUUCUGCUGCUACCUCCUCUACCGCGGACGCGUGUGGCUCUUCACCAAGCUGUGCAUCCGGGGACGCCACAAUCGAGACGGGGAAAUGGGCGAGGGUCUCAACGAUGACUCCGGCUCGAGGAUGGGUGGAGGCGGAGUUGGCGGUGGAUCGCUGGCCGGAGUGGGAGGAGGAGGAGGUGGAACAGCUGGUGGCUCGGUGGCUUCCGCUGGCGCUGUGGGCAGCAGCCAGGACUACGCCCACCAGCAGCAGUACCCAAUCGCCCACACGGAGCAGCCGCGGGCGGGCAGCCACCAACAGCAGCAGCAGCAGCCACCGGGCAGCUACCAGCUGCCGCCUCAGUACUCCGGCUAUCUGCAACAGCCCGUUGUGGCCGGGGUGAAUGUCGGGGUGAUCAGUGACCAGGGGGUCUACCAACCCAUUGGCACGGACACAGGACGCACCAGCGGCGGAGGAGGAGGAGGAGGCGGGGGAGGGGGAUCAGCUGAUGGCAAGCAUAAAUCAGUAACGGGAUCUGCAACUGGACCGGUAACUGGUUCCGGUUCCGGUUCGGGUUCCGGUUCGGGCUCGGCCUUGACGCGCACCGUGGCCCAUUUGGAGGCGUCGCAACGGGAGCAGUUCCUCAAUCCCAACAAGAUCGUCGAGUACAAGAUGUAAAGGCGUUGCACCCGGCACCGGUAUACGUUCCACUUGUCCAUGAAGUUUCUGGAGAAGCACUGUGCCCAGUGCGAGGCCACCCGCAGUGCCAACUGCGAGGAGCAGCGCCACUUGGCCUGAGCACAGUGGUUAGUUUUUAGAGUUGCUUUCGGAGGCGUCGAGUUCUCCGGAGUUUACCUACCUGCCAGGCCAAAUCGUUUGAUCCGGCUCAAAUCAGCUCAAAUAUUGCACUUGGGUAUUGCUUGUAUGUUACAUUUUUUUUUGGCAAAGUAGUUUGUAAUCGUAGUUUCGUAAUUUUGUAAAAGCUUUGCCAAUUUUUUAAAUGUGUAGACGCUUUUCAGUGUGCCGGAAUGGCAUACGUAUAUUAAUAGCACCACAAGGGUCUAGACUCUAGAGCAUUAGAGAUGUUCCUUUAAGUGAAGGAUUACCGUUGAGUGUUUUUCGCAAUUUGGUUAUUUUGGGGAGGUAAUCCUUUCGGCAAGUCGUUCCAACAGUUUAAAAAGUUUUAAUGGACUAAGUUGAACAUAAUAUAUAUAUAUUAAGAGACACACAGUAUUUUAUUUGAAGCUCUGUUAUAGUUAUCGUCUUAAAAACGCAAUUGUGUUCAGAAAAAAAUUAUCACACUAUCAACAGUUACUUUCGGCCUAUAAAAAGUUAAAAUGAAAACAAAAUGACAUACUGCCUACAAUGAUUUAAGUUAGGAACUUUUUUACAUAGAUAAUUUUACCAUUUAUCCACUAAAAUUUUAUAUAUCGGUGCAGGUGUAAAGCCAGCUCAUGCAUCAACAUCCAGGGUAAAAUAACAAUUAUCGAUUGAUUUAAUUGAAGUGUUAUGGCUCUUUUCGAAACCUUGGAUUAUUGAGCAUGGAUGUGGUAAUUUAAAUUGGCAGUUUUUUAAAGGAGCUAAAUGGCGCCGAAAUUGAAGUAGAGCAAAAAACAUUAAUUUUAGGAUAUGCUUGGCAUUGGUUUGCUUAGUAAUUAGUGAAUGAUAACAUAAAAUACGUUUCUUUAUAUGAAUAUUUUCCCAGCAAGCUCAAUCGCUGCUACAACACUCUAAUAAACAUUAUUCUACAAGGCACGACGUAAAAUAUUACGAAUAACAAUAUCUGAAAUAAAUAUUUUAGCAUACGAUGUUGAAAAGUAUAUUGCAAAAAGAUUUACUUUUGACUCAAAACUGAAUAAGUACCGAAAUUCUUGAACCCUACAGGAACCCAGAUGUUUUGCUUUCGUUGUUACUGAGGUCAGUGAUUAGAUUUAUAACCAAACGGAAACCUUUAUGUAUACGGGUUUAAGUAUAUUUAUGUGUAUGUAAAUAGUUGAUUUCGUUUAUGUUGAUCGAUUUCUAUCUAUAUUCAAAUGCAGAGGAAAAAAUUAGGGAAUCUGUUGAGUAAACAAAUCAGAUCACGUGAAAAGGUAUAGCCAACUUGAGUAAAAAUUCAGAAACAGCAAUGAAAAAUACAACUAAAAAUUAAAUGCAUUGAAUAAAACUCGUCAAGAGGAAUGUGUUAACAAGCAAAAUAAUAGCAAACAAGUAACAAAAUAUUUAACUAAAUAUACAGAAACAAAUGCAAGCAAAUAGCAUGCCCUAAUUAUACCUACAUAAUUAAAUACAUAUAUACAUGUAAAGCAUAGCGAGGUAAAGCGAACAACCAUUAAUUUUUGAUAGAUUUACAUGAAUUGAACACUUUCUCCAACAUGAAUCCGAUCAUCCACAGAUCUUCAGAUAUUCUUAUUUCUACAUUAUUUGAAUCCGAUUUCUUUUUAGACAAAUUUUACCAGUUUUGGUUGAGGAACUGAAAAUGUGCAUCGGUUUUAGAUCAGUUUCGCACAUUCUCCCGAUUUGUUUUCCAAAAAUUUAGCAUAAAUGUAUAAAUGAAUGUUUAUAUAGACUGAAUAUUAUUAAAACAAAGAAAAAAUUUAAAAAAAAUUAAAAUAAACUAACAUAACAGGUAAAAAGAAAACGUUUAAACCUUUUUGGAAUUGUAAAAACGUAAACCAAAAACAACAAUUUCAUAUUAGCCACAACAUAAAACAGUAAACACAUAUCAACAAUUAGACAAGAUCAUUCUAAAACUAAAAAUAUUUAAAUAGACGAAAACCAGAAGUUUCAAAUAAAACAAAUCAAAGUUGACCUCAUCAAGAACCACACAUAAAAAACGCAGAGUAAGAAAUUAUAACUUGCAUAAAAAACAAUGUAUAAAUGUUAAACAAUCAUUAUAAAGUAUGUAUAUGCAGAAUAUAUUUAGCAGAGAAAAAAUUCAAAUAUUAUAUUUUGUAGAUUUUUAGUAAAUUAGAAGUGAGCGAAUACGAAACCAAAUGUCAACACACAUGCAUAUGUCUACAAAGUAUUUAUCCCAAAUAUAUACAUCCCCCCAUACCCUUUAAACAAAUGUAGCUCAGCUCUCUGUACCCAAGUUGAGAAUUAGAGUUGAAGUUGUUGAUUGAACAAAUGAAGAAAUGGAAAAGCUUUAAGAAACCCAAAUGAUUGGAGGAAACUUUUAUACACCGACAUAAAAGUUUAUUUAAAUUGCUCAAACGAGUUCUUAGCGAGGAGUUGGCUCAACUGGAAGUACAUGAAAGGCUCAACAGAAUUCAGUAUUAGCAAAAGGCAAGGCGAGUAUACAAAAAGGAAAUCAAAAUGUUAUUAACAAAGCACACCAAAAAUAAUACCUUAAAAAACUGCAUGUGUUUAUGGAGAAAUAAAAUUUCAAUGUUGUGAAAUUUGAACAAAACAAAAAAAGACAUGCAAAUUGUUUACUUCAAAAGUAUUUCUGCGCAUUUAAGCAAAAUCGAAAAACAGUGCUUCAUCAUUUCAACCUAUAAAGAGUCGAAGUUUUGCUAAGCAAUUAAAAACAAAGUAAAGAAACAAGAUUUCAAUAAACAAAAAACAAAUAUGAAAACCAAAACGAAAACGAAAAAAAAAUAAAUAAAUUGUUAGAAAACCAUGAAAGUGUAAACGCUAAUGGAUGUCAUGCAUUUUAAAAGCAUAGCAAAAGCUAAACUAUUAUAUUACCAACAAGAAGACAACACAAAAUUCAUUAACUUGCGUACGUAAGUAUGUUUGUAUGUGCGUACAUGCAUAAUAUAAUAUAUUAUUAAAAUUAUUAUGUAUUUCAAGCAAAGAAUUGUGAAUUAGUAAUAAACAGAAACAAAAUGUCAAGCAAA